UUUUUAACAUAGGUCAGUCACCCUUUUGGUGUUAGGUUUGCAUGUGCUCGUCUCAUAGCAUCGUGGCUCACCUGUUUCAGCUUCACCGGACACCAACGUUUUAAUAUUCUGACGUCCGUCCAAUUCCAAUUCAAAGUAACAGCUCACCGCCCCUUUUUCCUUUAUAUACACACACCACUCCAAACUCAAACACCAUUUAACACCUCCCCCAAAAAACCAUGACCACCACCCUCUCCUCCGAACCACCUCCGGUAACCUCCAGUCCCCGGAUUUCCUUCUCCGCCGACUUCCUCGACGAUGCUAACUUCAUCUGCAUUACACCACACGACAAAGAGAAAGAUAAAGAGAAAGAGAGAGAAAAGGAGAAAACAAGGAACGUCGGCGAGUUUGAGUUUCUCUCCGGUGAUACAAACACUCCGACGACAAUGCUGACGGCGGACCAGCUGUUCUUCGAAGGGAGACUACUACCUUUCCGACAGAAGCAAUUUUGCGAGACGCUAGCGAAAAUCAACCUGAAAACGGAAGGGAAACCGGAAGAGGUGAAAGAAGAUAGUAGUAACAAUAACAGAAUGAGUUGGUUUAUCGAUGAAGAUCCGUCUCCGAGACCACCGAAAUGUACGGUUUUAUGGAAGGAGUUGUUACGGUUGAAGAAACAACGCCCGUCUUCUCUCUCGCCCUCUUCCUCUUCUUCUUCGUCUUCGUCGGCUUCCUCCAUUGAUGAUGAUUCGAAGAAAGAGAAACAUCAGGUGAAGAAGGUUAAAAAGGGGCUAGAGAGAACCAGAUCGGCGGGGAUUAAAAUCAGACCGAUGAUUAACGUUCCGAUUUGCAGUCAAGGAGGAGGGCGGAGCAACUCUCUGCCGCCUCUUUUUGCGCUGAGAAAAAGUGGAAGCGGAGUACUGGACAGGUAGGGAUAAUUUUAGGUAUUAAUUUACUGCCUUUCGUUUAUGUGUUUGGAUUUUGAUUGAUUAAUUUGGGUGUAAUUUGGUUUUGAUGAUUCUUAUUUUUCUAGUGCAUAAUCUUCGUAUUAAUGUAAAUGCAGAACUAUAAUUAAUGUCUUUUUGAAUGCA